UACAGAUACACUUCCACUGUAGAACAACGUCAUGGUCAUGAUCGUAGCUCCGCAAUAUUAACACUCACUGUGGUUUGAAAUGAGCUCAAUUAUAGAUUAAGUACUAGUCAUACAGAAUCACUACAACAUUAAGAACUACAACAGAAGCAUAAAAAUAAGAAUUGUCAAGAUGCCAGCCUUGGACGUAAAGGAUCGCGUGGGUGAGGAUGUGGAGGAAAGUCAUAUCAAGAAGGCGGCCUCUGAUGGUGGUGACGUUAGCGGUUGCUCGGAGGUCAACAUCGAGGCACGGAAUAUGCUAUCUGGAGACGUGCUUACCCUGUUACGGGAUUCCAAACACAAUGUAUACCCCAUGAAUGAAAAUCAGGGUUUAGGGCUCAUCAAAAUCAAUCAUCUAACCAAUCAUCAAGACCAUAGUUGUUUUCCCUGCUGGGAUUACUUUGAACGAAGUAGACCCGCACCUGUUUCAGUUAUUCUUAUUGAUUUGCUCGAGACCGUAGCAACCUAGUCGGAAUCAUCUAAAUCGAGGUGCGAUCCCGAUCAGUGAAACCUUUUACGAACUACAGCACAGGAUAGCUGGUGCCCUCACGGAACGUACGGACUAUAACGGGCCGCCUAUUCCUCCAGGCAUGAUUUACGUCAAGAAGAAGGUCGAGCGAAAGGAUGCGGGGGGGCGAAGGUAG